AUGUCAGAAAUAAAAAAUUUUACACGAUCAUAUUUUAAUCGAACAUUCUCCAUGAUUAAAGUUAAUAUUUAUGAUUCAGAUAUUAUAAUGUUGAAUCAUUGGACUAGUUAUACACAACCAGAUCCUAUUUAUAAUUAUUUCAUUGCAAUACUUGUUGCAUUAAUUGGAAUUGUUGGAACAAUAACAAAUUUAUUUGUAAUAUUUGUGUUUUUAACACCAAAAUCAUCAAUCAAUCUACAAUGGGCUUUGAUUAUUAAUCUGGCUAUUUCUGAUUUUGGGUUUUCAGCAGUGAUUGGUUUUCCUUUAAAGACAAUUGCUGCUUUCAAUCAAUACUGGCCAUGGGGAAGCGUGGCUUGCCAAUUAUAUGGAUUUAUCAGUGCUACAUUUGGAUUUUUAUCUUUAACAACUAUUGCUGCAAUUUCAUUUGAUCGUUAUUUAGUUAUAGUUAAAAACUAUAAGACGAAAAAUUUUCUGAUUAUCUGUACUGUUAUAGGAUUUUUAUGGAUAUGGUCAAUAUUAUGGACUAUUCCUCCAUUCUUUGGUUAUGGACGUUACGUUCUUGAAGGAUAUCAAACAUCAUGUACAUUUGAUUAUAUUUCGAAUGAUAUGCCUAAUCUUUUAUUCAGUUGUGGAAUGUAUGUAUUUGGCUUUACGUUUCCAGUGCUUUUAUGCAUAUAUUGUUAUGUGAAUCUACUUAAAGUUGUUCAUAACAAUGAAAGGAUAGUAUUAAUAUCUUUAUCUAAUGAUGGUUCAGCGAAACAACAUAAAUCCAUACGAAACAGAAAACGUUUAGAUAUUGAAGCUACCAAAUCAGUUAUACUUUCUCUCUUAUUUUAUUUAAUGUCAUGGACACCAUAUGCCAUAGUCUGCCUUAUAUCAAUUAUGGGUCAAUCAUAUUUUUUAACACCAACAAUAGCUGAAAUGCCUCAUAUAUUUGCUAAAAUGGCAGCUAUCUAUAAUCCAAUUCUAUAUGCAUUCACUAAUCGGAAAUUCAAGAACGCAUUAGGAAUACGAAAAACUAGCAGCGUAAUCAUGCAGCAACAAAGAUUACUGUCACAAGGACUAUUUAAACCACUGGUUAGUCUUUUACUGCUAUUUAAAUGA